GCAUCCAUGGGAAUCUCAAGAUGAAACGGAACAACAUCUGAUCACAAACUAAAAGAGUCAUGUCUUCCAACGGCGAGGGAUCCAAAUAUGUUUCUCCAAACAAAUCUCGUCACCAAGUCACACGGUCGGUAUCUGAGGUAUCAUCCCCUCCCCUGAAACCUCACCGAUCUCAUCGUCAUCACCACCACCACCAUCACCAUCCACAUAUACAUCGUCGAGACAAAGACGAAAAGUCAUCUCAAUCUACUUUGCAGAAGAGUCUCAGUCCAUCCGGAGAAUCAAAAAGUGACGGAGUUUCACCGGAUGGGAGCCAGAAUGGAAGUCAAAGGCCUAGCAUCUUAGGUUCUGCUGUAGAUGGUUUCGAUUUGUUUAAGAACAACGAGAGAAGACCUCUAAGGGAGGGCGAACUCGAGGCUGAGAAACAAAAGGGCGCCAUGAUGGCCACAGAAUUGCGAAAUACCUUGACGGAUGUCAACGUCGUGGCGGACAAUACUUCCCGACAUUUAGAUGCAACAUACUAUUCCGUCUUGGAGAAAUUAGGGGAUCUGCACAAGACGAUUGGAUCUCUUAAAGAGUUGGCGGCAAUGACUAGACAGUUAAAUGAGGAUUUUAGCACAGAGGGAGAAGAGCUUGUCCAAGAAAGUCGAGCACAACUGGAAGGAUUUGAAGAAUUCGAAGCACAGGAACAAAAGAUCAAAGCAUUGGAGAAACGUGUGAAGGAAGGACGAAAUACAAUCAACACACUGAGUGGGCGGGUAGACGUUGUGAGAAAGCGCGUCAAAGGCUGGGAACAAGCAGAGGAAGAAUGGCAAGACAAAACACGAAAGCGACUAAAGAUGAUGUGGAUUCUGAUGUCGAUUUGCGCAGCCAUUUUACUCUCCAUCGUCGUUUUGGCAUAUAUUCCUUCCAAAGGCCAAGGUCAUGGGGCUGUGAGAUUCAACAUUUCUAAUCCGACCGCGCUGAGAGAGUUGGAAAAGGCCAAAAAUGAGACCAUAAAUAUGCUGAAGCCUGCUCUCGAUAUAUUGGAAAGUUCGACGCCUGGGAGUGAAGUCAACAAGGAAGCAGAGCAGUUGGCAGAGGACCCAAGACUUAAAGUACUCGACGAAUUAUAAUUGAUUGGCACAAAAUGUACUCACAGGGGCUUACAUCUCUCAGGCCAAGUCUCAUUGUGAAUAGUACCACUUUUCCAAGUAUACUACGCCUUAUGGGACCAAAAAAUCAGUGGGUCGACGGUCCCAUGACUGACGAUAUUGACAUGCCGAGCAACCGGAUGCUGGUAGAUGUCAAAACCAACCAGGCAAUCCAUAUAGCUACCCAUCUUCUUCUGUAGCAUGAUUUUGUUGAACCUUACAGUUGCAUGUCAUGCAAAUUAACCGCACGCAAUAGGAGUGACGUUCAUAUGCACUGAGGUAUUCGCAGGUCGUUUUGACGAUUCGCGUAUGUAGAUACUAGGUAGAUGGGUAGACGGGCGAAUGCCGAGAUGAUUGUACAAGGUUCACGUCCAAUGAGAUUUGGAAGAAAAUGCUUUACCCUUCCCAGCCUUGGAAUCCCUCUCGCGCUGUGCAUUCGAUGCAGUCUAUGGAUUCUAGAAUGGUGGCAUGGUGCCGUGGGCCGUGGACCGGCACACGAUAGACAUCAAUCGUCAUUUCCACA